AUGGCACCUUUAGGAAAGAUUUUUGCUGUUGCUCUUUUUGUUUCAUCAUUCAUAUGUGUACCUAUCAUUGCUGUUGAAUGGCAUGAUUGGGCAGCAGGUGCUGGAAUCAUCUUCUUUUAUGGGUUUUCCUAUGAAGUUAAAAGAUCUUUUGACCUCGUGUGUCCUACUGGUUUUGUUAAAGAGGUCGCUAACAAUGAAUCUGAGGGAAGAUCAACCAGCGGUUGGCAAUGGGGGUGUGUUGGGUACUAUACAGGAUCAAUACUUCUGAAGACUUUAGCUGCUACGUGCGCUAUGAAAGUGGGUGUUACUGGCUGGCAGUCUGUCAGUGUCACCACCACAGAAAGUAACGACGAAAAAGCCAAAAGAAAUAAUGCAAAUAUCUACUACUAUGGUACUACAAAUCACUCUAUUACUAUUACGGAUGAAUACAUGAGUGGGUUGUUUGAAGAAGACUUGGUUAAGCGUGAUGAACAAUCAGAAUGGCAACUUUUUGAUUACGGUUAUUUUGUUCAAGGUCAUGGUGACAAUCAUAGCGCUAUAGCCCAUGCAACUCUAGGAAAUUAUUCUCAAUAUCCAGCUACUUUUUCGUACAAACAUUCUAAUGGUACAGUCAUCGUUACAGCUGCAGACAAGGAUAACAUUGGUGCGGCCCACGAUUACUUUAAAAGUUGGAGUAAAGGUGAAAACAUAGAACUAAAAAAACGUGAAAACAUUAAUUGGAUGAGUUGUACUGUUAAUGGUUUACUUGUUCAGGAAUCCGAACUUUUGGUUAUUGCAGAUUAUGUUGACAAUGCAGGAGGUUAG